AUGUCAGAUCCAGGCUCUAUAGAUGACGACCUCCUCGCUCGCCUAAACGCGCUCAAGAAGUCUAGCGUCAGUCUCGAUCCUACACGCAGCUCUUCUACUGCGUCAACGCGGUCCCCGAGGCCCACGGAUGAACUCGCCUCCCGCUUCGCACGUCUAGGCUCUGAAUCACCUUCCGGCUCGCCGCAGCCCUCACGAACGGCAUCUACAAACAACGUCGUGGCCCCUGCAGCGCCAAGCUACCUGGAGGGCGUGGCGCAAGGUGUCGGAGGUGGGACGGUCGAGUUCAGCGAGGAGGAUGAGAAAAGCCUGGAGGAGCUGCUUGGAGAGUUGAAUGGCGCUAUGGGAGACAAGAAGGAGUGGGACAUGAGUCGGAAAGAGCAGGGAGACGUUGGGAAGCUGCUCAAGGACAUGAGGACCAUGCUGCCAGAACUACAGAACGGCCGGGCCCAAGAGGCCAAGCAACGGAACCAAACCGGUCACAAAGGCAGAGGGGAGGCGCUCACCGACUGGGAGAAUGUUGAGUUCGAUGUCGGUAGUGGGUCUGUGGGACCUAAGCAUGACACAGAGGACACAGAAGGCGAAGAAGACGGAGACGGCGAGCAGAAGAAGCAAACCGAGCAAGAAGAAGCAGACGACGUGAUAGCACGCAUCAUGGCGGAGCUUGAAAUCAGCAAGAAGUACGACCCUCCAUCCCCGGCCCCAGAAGACGACCGUAACGCGCAAGCCUCCACCGAGGAGACCAACACAAACGACACCCCGCUAUCUCUGCCCUCCGCACCAACAACGCUCAAAGAGCCCACCGACUCAUUCGACGCAACUCAAGCCCUCGAAGACGCCUUCACAGCGCGUCUCGCCGCCCUCGCCGGCCCCCAAACCGACUCUCUGGGCCUCCCUUCCGCGCCCUCCUUUGCGCCCUCAGCGAAGCCGCCCAAAGUGCAAUCCAACCUGCAGAACAAGCUCGACGAGGAAAUCGACACCUGGUGCAUCAUCUGCCAGGACGACGCGACGCUGAAGUGUCUGGGCUGCGAAGGCGACCUGUAUUGCAGAAACUGCUGGAUGGAGGGGCAUCGGGGGGAGAGCGCUGGGUUGGAGGAGAGGAGGCAUAGAGCGGUGGAGUUUGUGAAGGGCGGCGAUAAGAAGAAGAAGAAGAAGAGACUGGCGGCUGCGGGAUGA